AUCACUACCUCCCCCUGGAGAAAAAAAAUCUCAACAACCCCACCCACUCCACGGCAGCGCGCACUCACGCACUCAGUCCCCGCAGCAGGCGAGGCAGGGAGCCCCAGCACCACGCACCCCGCGCACCCCGCGCACCCCACGCCGCCUGUGCUGCCCCGAGAGAGCCUCGCGGAGCGCCGCCUCCAGCAGCUCCACGCCGCUCGGUGCACCGGGAAGGCUGCCGCUGUGCGGAGGGAGUGGAAGCCAGGGGACCCCGCGACAGCCGACCGAGAGGAUCCACGCAGCAAGGAGUAAAGACUGCGCAUUGGCGGUCAACGUGGAUUGCUCAACCAUCGACAUAAUCCUUGGACUCUUUGUCUGAGGACUUGGGGCGGCGGGACGGGCUGUGGAUGAUCGUCUAGAGCACGGCACGAUAUCGGCGAGGCCGAGCGUUUCUCCUGGUGAGACAAAAAGCAACUUCUGCGAGCAGCCCGAAGCCUUGGCCUGGGAGAAUGGCGGACGUGGAUCUUCGCCAGCGGAGGAUGCAGAUAUUGAUGGAACGAAGGAAAGCGCAGACCAACAUGGAGAACAAGAAACAGGAGCUCGAAGACGAGAAGCUGAAGCUGCACCACCUGAAGACCAAGUCGAUGCGGGAGCAGUGGCUGCUGGGAGGGCAGCUCAAGAGGACACCGUCCCAGACAGACAUGGCGGAGAAGCGCGUGAUGGAGGAUGAGGCCCUGACGGAGCGGCUCUAUGAGAACGUGCGCAGGCUGGAAGAGGAAGUGAGACGCAUGGAAUGUGCGGAGCGGGAGCUGCUGCUGCGAGAAAAGGCCGUGCUGCAGAAACUGCACCCCGAGGAGCCCCCCGCAGAUGGCGUCCAGCAGGAUGUAGAGACCAUGCUCCCUGAUGAUGACGGAGGGGUGCAGUACAUCAUCACGGAGAUCCCCGACCUCCCCCCGGGGUUCACCCUGCGUGGCGCCCACGGCGACGGCCCCAGCGAGCACGGCGAGAGGGCCGCCGUGUACGCGAUGGCCAUCAGCGUGGAGAAGGACUCCAAGACGGGAGAGACGCGGGUGGUGUCCAGCACGCCGAUGAGCCCCGAGGACGCGCAGUCCCACGGCGUCAAGGUUUACGACGACGGCUCCAAGGUGGUUUACGCCAUCGGCCACAACGGGCAGCCGCUGACCAACGGUGUGGAGCCCAUGUCCUCGGAGGAGGUGGACGCGCUGGUGUCACGGGCCAGUCCCGUGGACGUGCCGGCGGCUUCUCCCAGCCCGGAGCCGAAAGCGACGACGAACAACGCGGACGACGACGCCCCGGCGCCGACCGCGGAGUCUCCGGGUCCGGCCGCGAGCUCGGCAAGCCCUCAGGCCAAGUCCCCUCCCCUGGCUAAAGAAGCCGUGAUGGGCAUCGAGACGAAAGACGGACUGUCCCGAGUCUACCUGCAGCCGAACGCCGUUCACGGUGACGCCGCCGACGACCGGGCCCCGAAGCCGGCGGGCGACGACGAGGGCACGGGGGGGACGUCGAUCGCGGGCGGGGACAUCAAUCCCGAGAGGCCCGUCACCAUGGUGUUCAUGGGCUACGAGCAGGUGGAGGACGAAGAGGAGACCAAGAAGGCGCUGGGCUACGAAGGCGCCGGCACGGCCGAGCUGGUGGUGAUCGGGGGCGACGACGACGACGCCGACGACGCGACCGCGGCGACGCCACUCACGGCGGACCCCACGACGGGCCCGGUGGAGCCACCCCCCAGGGCCACCAAGAAGCCGUGUGCCUGUCGAUGCUGCACCAUCAUGUGAAUUGCUCUCAUUAUUCAGCUUUGUCUGUAGAGUUAAAGAACAGCAGCCAAACGCGGUGUUUUACCCAAGAAAAUGUUUGUCGUAUUAGAUGCUGUAAGCGUGCCUGAAAAGAAGAAAAAUGUAUCAGCUGGAAAUGUCCAUAUUUUACUUUGACAUAUUAGCUGCAUUGUAUUGUUAAAGUCUAGCCAAUAGCAUUCAAGGGAUGAUGCUCAUAAGUGCCAUAAGUUUUACUGUAAGUCAUUCAGGUUGGCUGGUCCGCUCCGUUCGAGAUCCCGGUGGGACGUGCGUGCGAGUUGUGAAUUCUCACUUCAGCGAUGAUCCGUGAAUUCUCACUUCAGCGUCGAUGGCCGUUGUGGAUCAUCGCUCCUGCUCGACAGCCAUUGCACCAAUCACAUUCACUCAGCAUCAUCUCGGACUUGGUGCCUCCAUGCCAAAGAAAAUCUUUCAUUUUUCAGCGUGUAAUCUUUUUAUAUGAAAAUGUGUAUUAUGUACAGGAUCUUAUAAUACGAAACAUUGUGAUUAAAGAGGGGUUCAUGGUUUUUAGAUCUUGAUUUUCUAAAUUCGUACGAUAAACGUGAACUCGCAGGCAUCCGUCGUCCGCACAUUCUCUCGCAGGCAACGCUUGCACAUAUCCUCGCACGCGAGUUUGUUUCAUUGAUGGAAUUCAGUAAUUAGGCGUUGCCGGCCCAGUUUUCUGUGCAUAUCCUCCUCCAAGUGUCGGAUUUUACACUAUGGAAGAGACGGAUCUACAAACUUCCCAAGGGAGGUCCUGAACUGCAAAGCUUUUUAAAUAGGACUCUACAUCGAUAACGUAAAUAUAUAUUCACUGUGUUCUCCAUUAAAUAUCAAUCGAGUACAGUCCUAAUGGUGUGGGUCACAAGGAGGGGGGGGGGGGGACAAUUGCCCAAUCACCCCCCCCCCACUCCCCCCAGAUCCACGACUGCACUGUCGGUAUCCCCAAUGCGCAGUGGAAUGCGUUGACUCGCGUGCCAAAUAACAAGCACAGCAUCUCAAUACUCAAUUUGACAUUUAAAAAACGCCCGACCACAAGUGUAUUUUGUUUUCACCAUCUGAGAACUCGAGAGACCAGGAUCGUCUCGUUUGCAGCAGUGGCUUGGUGAUACCGCACCGGGGGGGGGGGGGGGGGGGGGGGUACUCCACGUUCACAAUCCACGUUCACAAUCCCCACAGCCACGAGGCUGCCGUGCGACCUCACCGCCACGCCCGUUCGACUUGGGACGAACAUCGCAGCUCUGUGGCCCCCACGCGCGCCGCCCCGCGGGGAGCCUCGGCGGCACGCCGCACGCUCGUGCAAGCGCCGCGCGUGCGUGGUCCGUCACGAUCCUCCUCUACACAAUCGCACGGUGGCUCGAGUCGACUGCAGUACACGUGGAUACAUAUACUCUGCAUUACAACAAAGAGGACAAGGUAUUGUCCUGAAUGAGCAGGCAAGAGACAAUGAAGACAAUGUGUCUCGUUUGCAAGAAAUAUACUCACAAGUGCACAGGGUAAAAGUGAUGCGUUAUACUCAUUUUUAAUCGAGCGUAAAAAAAUUGUACAAAUGGCAAUUUUUCUGCAAAAUUUUCAAAACCAUAAUAAAAUUUGCGGAUAAAA